AUGAGCUCCUCCUCGGAAAAUGAUAGCGGCGCGGAGGAAGAUACGGUCAAUGGAGAUGUAGCCAACGGAGGACAGCAGGCGGCCGCAGACGAAGAGAGUAAUAGUGAGAGGGAGGGGGAAGGGCGAAUCGUCGAGCUAUUACGGGAAGAACAAGAAGACGCUCCAACACCCCCUCAGAAAUUGGGCAAUGGUACGAAUAGAUACAGAGCUACUGAGCCUGUAGAAAGUGCCUCUGAAGAUGGAUCUAUGGACACUGUACCUCGGAGGGCUGCGAGUCCUAUCGAAUCUUUGUUAUCCAUACCAGAUGAUUCUCCCUCAGUUCAGGGCUCCAUCUUGUCAUCUCCUGGUGGAAGCAGCAUAUUGCCCUCUGUAGCCUCGAGGCCAGGCCUCGAUAGCCCUACCCCAUCCUUCCGGCCCUUCGACAGACGCUUCCAGUCCAGACUCUCGAGCUACAACCUUGCUUCCCCGCGUCCUGCGUCCCCUACCCCAUCGUAUCUCAAAGCCCGUGGACGUCAAGACUCUAUUAGCAGUCAGAUGAUACUUGAUGGUGGAGACACAGACACACCGUCGCCGCCAUGGGAGGUUGUAAGAUGGACGAAGUUGAAGAAAAUGAAUGGGCAAGCAUUUUCAGAGGUUGGCAAACGCAGUUUUGGCAUGCCGACAUGUAUAUCAGUUUCGGCAUCUAUUGUGCUUGGAACGUCGAAAGGAAUAAUUUUAAUAUUUGAUUAUCACCAAAAUCUCAAGUCCAUUAUUGGACCUGGUACAAAGGCUGUCGAAUCUGGAGCUAUCACCUCUAUUGCAAUGUCAGCCGAUCAUCUGAUUGUUGCUGGAGGGCAUGCAAAUGGAAGUAUCUUCACGUGGGAAAUGGCCAAGACAGCUCGCCCCUUUCUUCACAUACCAAGUCUUCAGCCCUCUCAAAUGGUAAAUCGAAGUGUUGAUGGCCAUGUGCCCAACCUUCCUAUCAGACAUCUAGGUUUUCUAGGAACUCGCCAUACGGCGCUCGUCUCUGCUGAUGAUCGUGGCAUGGCCUUUUCCCAUCUUGCAACUAGAGGAUUGGGGGCUGUUGGGCGAUCUGUCAGGACCACUCGAAUUUUGGGUCGGUAUCCCAAUGAUGUUUCUACUUCUGGGAAGGCCCGAAAACCCAGUACGGUACUUGCUUUUGCACCACUUCCUCUGGGCAAUGUCGAGCGUGGAACGGAUAAUCUGGGACUCACUGCGAUGCUUACUCCGUAUCUACUGGUCAUUGUCUCCACGACUCCUGUGGCCCAAACACAACAUAAGGCUGCCAGACCAAAAGAAGUGGCGGCUCAUAGUGCCAUGAGUGGAUGUCUGGCAUGGUUCCCAGCAGUCAAGUUAAAAGUCAAGGAUCCUAAGACGGGCAGUGAAAUAUCGAAAGUCAAGCUGGUAUAUUGCUGGUCAAAUGUUUUGACAGUUCUCGAUGUGGAGGAGACAGCGUCUCCUGAUAAAGACAAACCCCCCAAUCUUACCUUCAAGCCUCGCAGCCGAUGGAAAGCAGAUGAAGCAAUAGUCGCUGUGCAGUGGCUCAGUCGUUCCGUUUUGACAGUUUUGACUAUCACCCAACGUCUGAUUAUCCUUGAAGAUGGGAGUAUGCGCAUGACGGAUGCUUUUGAUCUGGUCCACAAGCAUAUUUAUCACGAAGACCUCUUUUCAAAACAAUUGCAUAAUCUUGUAGAGCAACUCGAUGAGGAGGAUACAUCAAUGCAUGGAGUUGUUGCCGAUGCAUUUUAUAUGAGCUUCAAGUCAUACAAAGGGCGGAUGUUCCUCCUGGGGUUUAACGAUGUCUCCAUUGGAACGUUGUCAAAUUGGGCAGACCGUUUGAUAGCUUUGAUGGAGAAUGGUGAUUAUAUUGGUGCUAUCCAGCUUGCAACAUCUUAUUAUACAGGAGAUGCCGAUAAGCUCACGAUCGGGCUCCCCGAAGAUACCAAGCUACGGCAUUCAAUGGUACAAGACAAAUUGAUAGAAAUCAUGACAGCAUCCUUGAAGUUUGCUUUCGGCCAGCGUCAGAAGCAGUCAGUAACCGCGAAUGAUACCCAUCUUCAGCAACUAGCUGAAGCAUGCUUCGAGGCAUGUCUCAGCAUUGGGGACAUUGAUUUCCUCUUCGAUGAGGCAUAUGAAUGGUACGAAGAUGGGGAAUCAGAAGGAGUCUUUUUGGAGACCUUGGAGCCUCAUAUACUGGAGAAGCAAAUUACCACUGCCCCUCCAACAGUUGUCAAAGCCAUGGUCACUCACUACGUGAGCAAAGGCCUAGAAAGUCGCCUAGAAGAAAUAAUCUGUCACAUGGAGACAAUAACUUUGGAUAUCGACCAAGUCACCACUCUAUGCAAACAACACAACUUGUAUGAUGCACUAAUCUACGUCUGGAACCAAGCGCUGAACGACUAUAUCACACCUCUCAUCGACCUCCUAGCUCUUCUGAUACCUCUUGUGCAAAAUGGAGAUUACUUUACGGACGGCAAGCCUAUGGAAGACCCGAUUUUCGGGGUCAAUGCCUUGAAGAUGUUCCCGUAUUUGUCUUAUACUUUUACUGGCCGCAUAUAUCCUACUGGAGACAACCUCGAGGACGAAGAUGCCAUGAAUGCCAAGGCGGAGCUCUAUUGGUUUCUAUUUUCCGGUAGAACAAUUACGUGGCCGAGGGGUACUGGAAGCCCUUUCUUGACGCAGCCCAACAAAGAAGACGAGCCAUCAUUUCCGUACCUCAGGAUGAUUCUUAAGUUUGACGCGCCGAGCUUUUUGAGUUCCUUGAAUGAAGCUUUUGAGGACUCGUUCCUUAAUGAUACCCCCGAGCGAGCGGUCAAUGGCGGCUCUACUCGCAACAUGUCGGAAGAACAUGUCUUUGGCCUCUCUGUCAACAGGCAAUACAUCAUUACGAUCUUGCUGGAAGUGAUGAACCCCAACGAGUUCGCUUCCGAGGACACCAUCUACCUUGACAUGUUCAUUGCACGUAACCUCCCUAAAUUCCCACAAUAUCUGCUUCUUUCCGGCACGGCCUUACAUAAGGUUUUGACUGGUCUCUGCAGCUAUCCUGGAUCCGACUUAGCAGAUGACGCACAAUUGAGCGCUGAGUACCUACUCUCAGUGUACCAUCCUCCUGAUUUGCUGUCUCUUAUGCCACUAUUCGAGAAAGCUGGGUUCUACCGAGUUCUAAAAAGCAUCUACAAAGCCGACAAGCAAUACAAUAAGCUAAUCCAGACGUAUUUUGAGGAUCCGGAGGAUCAAGAAGAUGUCUUUAAUUGCGUAGCCGACUGUUUAAGGCCACGCUCCGGAUUGACGAAACGGCAAAUUCGAGAUGUUCAUGAAGUUAUUGAAGCUCAUGCAAGCGACCUUGUUCAUCUUGAUGCUGUGAGAGCAGCCCAAGCAAUCGAAUCUUAUGCACCUUCCAUGCAUCAAAAGUUCUUGGACUCUUUGCCAAUGGAUUCCCAAUUGCAAUACGCUUACCUCCAUACAAUUUUAGAGCCAGAGGCAAAUGACACUGAAGAACCGAAGAACACAGCACAUAACAAGUUCACAGAACGAUACGUACAGUUGAUGUGUAAAUUUGAGUCUACGCAUGUAGCCGAUUACGUGGAAUUGAUUCAGGCCAGUGAUCUGCGUCUUGACAAAGUAUUACCGUACAUGGAAGAAAGCGGGGUCAUUGAUGCUGCUGUGGUGCUGAUGGCUCGUGAGGGUCAGAUGCGUGAGGCUAUGGAUCGCCUGAUCCAGCAUUUGAGGAAGCUCGAGUCUGCCCUGUUAGGUCUCCUGGCUAGUUCGGAUGAGGACAUGCAAUCUAUGCAAAUGGAAGAGGCCACUGAAGAUCUUCUCGAAGCACUACAGAAGUACACUAACGUCGGAAUCUGGCUCUGCCAAGGUCAAGCAAAGGCGGAAUCUGUGAGAGCCACCACUUCUCCCGUUCAGAGAAAGUCUUCAUCAAAGAGUGAGCUACUUCGAGACGAAGUACUUUGGCUUGAUCUUAUUGAUGUUACCGUUCAGAUCACUCGUAAACUCUCUGCGAGUCUGAGUGAUCUUGCGAGCUCAAAUGCAACGGUAAUCGACCAUGGAAAACUACUCUUUCAACUACGGACACUUGUACAGCGCUGUUUUACUGCAUUGCUAAACUCCACCUCAUCGCCAACGCCCUCUGGCGCCAAUCUAUCUUUUCUCCGAAUCCUCCGAGCAUUUUUAACCCGGGCAUCAGUCUCUUCGCCAAACCUGAGUGACCUUCGAGCUGUCUUGGCGUCUAUAUUCUCAGCCUACGCCUACGAAGAGAGUAUCCUCAGUCUAGCAAAUCGCCUGCUAGACAAGGACCUCUUUGUCAAUGUCAAGUCUGCAAGUACUUUACGCCAGCGAGGCUGGAGACCGCGAGGCUCCACUUGCGAGGGCUGUGGCCGUCGCGUCUGGGGUCAUGGUGUUUCAGGCGAUGUAUUUUCUAAGUGGGAAGAGCGCCAAGAGCUGGAUAGAAAGCGAAGGAAAGAGCGGAGAUCAGAGUUAGCUGGGGCUCAAGUCGAGCGCGGGAAAGAAAGGGCCCAUGUGCGCAACAGGUCUAGCAUUGUUGAAACACCUAAAAGAACGGGGAAAGGAACUGCCACUGAUGGCGCUGUAGAUACCGAGGAGAGCCAGGAGACAGAUGGACAGGAUGAAACUGUGGUUCAGCAAGACCUCGGCCCGUUGGUGGUGUUGGCGUGUAGGCAUAUUUAUCACGAGUCUUGCUUAGAAGCUAUGCAGGUUGAUGAGUCUCCAGAUAGGGAGUUCAGAUGUCCGAUAGAUGGCUAG